UCCACAGGAAAGAGGACAGAGGUGCCUUCUGUAGACACUCCUGCUUUCUCCCAUCCCCACCUCACAGAUGCAUUAAGAAGCCUAAGGUGAGCAAUGGCAGGCGCUGGUGAGCGCAAAGGCAAGAAGGAUGACAAUGGCAUUGGCACGGCCAUUGACUUUGUGCUUUCCAAUGCCCGGCUGGUGCUGGGGGUGGGUGGAGCGGCCAUGCUGGGCAUCGCCACGCUGGCAGUUAAGCGGAUGUAUGACCGGGCAAUCAGUGCUCCUACCAGCCCCACCCGCCUGAGCCAUUCAGGGAAAAGGAGCUGGGAAGAACCAAACUGGAUGGGCUCCUCCCGACUGCUGAACAAGGACAUGAAGACAGGCCUGAGCCGCUCCCUGCAGACCCUUCCCACAAACUCCUUUGACACAGAUACAUUCUGCCCACCCCGGCCCAAGCCAUUGGCCAGGAAGGGGCAGGUAGACUUGAAGAAGUCACGACUCCGCAUGUCCCUGCAGGAGAAACUUCUUACUUACUACCGGAACCAGGCAGCCAUCCCUGCUGGAGAGCAGGCUCGAGCCAAGCAAGCUGCUGUGGACAUAUGUGCCGAGCUCCGGAGCUUCCUGCGGGCCAAGUUGCCUGACAUGCCACUUCGGGACAUGUACUUGAGUGGCAGCCUUUAUGAUGACCUGCAGGUAGUGACAGCAGAUCACAUCCAACUCAUUGUCCCCCUUGUGCUGGAGCAGAAUCUGUGGUCAUGUAUCCCUGGCGAGGACACCAUCAUGAAUGUCCCUGGCUUCUUCCUGGUUCGUCGUGAGAACCCAGAGUACUUUCCUCGUGGUAGCAGUUACUGGGACCGCUGCGUAGUAGGGGGCUACCUCUCUCCAAAGACUGUGGCAGAUGCAUUUCAGAAGGUAGUGGCUGGCUCUAUCAAUUGGCCGGCCAUAGGGUCCCUCUUGGACUAUGUGAUCCGACCAGCACCACCCCCAGAGGCCUUGACACUGGAGGUGCAGUAUGAGCGUGACAAGCAUCUCAUCAUUGACUUCCUGCCAUCAGUGACCCUUGGUGACACUGUCUUGGUGGCCAAACCACACCGGCUAGCCCAGUAUGACAACCUGUGGCGGCUGAGCCUGCGUCCUGCUGAGACGGCACGCCUGCGGGCUUUGGACCAGGCUGACUCCGGCUGCCGAUCUCUGUGCCUCAAGAUCCUCAAGGCCAUAUGCAAGUCUACUCCGGCCCUGGGCCACCUCACUGCCAGCCAGCUAACCAAUGUGAUCCUACACUUGGCCCAGGAGGAGGCUGACUGGUCUCCAGAUAUGCUGGCCGACCGUUUCCUGCAGGCUCUGAGGGGACUCAUCAGCUACUUAGAGGCUGGAGUCCUGCCCAGUGCCCUAAACCCCAAGGUGAACUUAUUUGCAGAGCUCACCCCUGAAGAAAUAGACGAAUUGGGAUACACUCUCUAUUGCUCAUUGUCCGAGCCAGAGGUGCUGCUGCAGACAUAGGGCAGGUGAAGGCCAAAGCAGAUGUCAGGUGGUCAGGCCCUGGAUUCUCCAUUAGAAACACUUGACCACAUAGUUGGUGCCUCACAGGGUCCCCAGGUGCAUCCUGUCUUGCUGGUCAUUGUCCUGGUCACUUCAUGCUGAUAAGAAUGACAUCUCUUUGGUCUCCUGUUUUCUUACCUAACCCCUUCUAUUUUUGUUACCAAACACUGUGCCGCCUAAUAUCCCCUUGCACCAGGCAAAUUUUUUGAGAAUGAAUUGAGAAGGUGGAGUGCUGGCCUGAGCUGUUGAGACCACUUGGUGUUUUGCACUUUGGCCCAGGUUUCCUGCUUCUGUCUGGUCUGCCCUGCCCCACCCUUUUGCCUAUUCCUUUUCAGUGUCUUUUUUGUCUUUUCUUCUCUUGUUCACACCAUCUGUAUUGCUCUUGUCCCUGGAGCAUAUCUGCCUAAUCAAGAUGUUGCCUUUUAGUUGAAGGUCGCUGAAGAGCUAUGAUUGCAUGCUUCCAAGCCGAACUCUGCAGAUUGAGUGCUGAGACAGUAUUUAAGGUUUCUAGGGGUGAGGCAAGUGGAAGAGCUGGCCUUUGACCCUGGUUCCUGAAGAAGCCUUCUAUUCCCCACACCUCCUGACCAACCCAUAUUUAUAAGUGCUGAGAAUGUCUCUCAUGGGAACAUUGUUAUUGACUCACACAGGAUAAAUUGGAUGCAAAGUUAUUUGGAGAUAGUGUUUCUUAGUGGCCAUCAGUAAGCAUGUAGAGUGGGGGAGACAGAGCUGGUUAAGAGAGCCUGGUGGAGGGUCUGUGUACCCAGUGUUUACACCUCAUCUGCGGCUGCAGGAGUCAGACAGACAAGGGGUGGGGGCUGCAAGGGCAGCCCUCACCACAAAUGCUGUUUUUCAUCCUUUUCCUUGCUUUAUUGCCAAUUAGGCAAUAAAAGAACACAGCCUUAGCAGUAGAGGUUAAGGGAGGUUGACAGGAGGCUGGAUGUCAGCUGGAAAAUGCAGUCAGCAGUUGGGGCUCAGUGACCAUGUUUUCUCCCCUGCCAGGCCCUGCCUUUCUAGGAUGUUGCCUUAGAGCAAGAAUAGGCCCAACAGCCAGCCCUUACUCCCCCAGUGUCUGCCAUACGAGCGUGAGAGUGCUUUUUGCUGAGCUCUCCGGGCAACUCCAUAAGCCAAAGGGCAAGUGAACAUGCACAGACCUCUUCCCCCUUGUCCUGUCUCUCACCCAGCACUGGGGAGAUCUGUGCUACCUAGGAAGAGAGAGCACACGGAUAAAACGUGUUUGAGAGGGAGGUGGGUACUUCCAAUGUUCCUUCUUGUUUCCUCCUGCUAAAAUUGCACUAUUUAUUGCAGAGUAAAUGUAUCCGGAGGAUGGGAAAGAAUGUUUAAUACACUAUCAGUGUGUCUUGUUUUGUGUUUUUUUCCUGUAUGUGGCAAGAGGUUGAUGAUAAUUGUUUGUGAUCUGCCCAUCCAGUAUUUUGUUCUCCCAUCAAGUCUUAUUAUUUUUUCUGUUCUUACUACCUCUCCAUCAGUGAGAUCUGGUGAAGCUCUCUGCAGCUGUCUCAUUCCUUCCCAAUGACAUUGACAGAAAAUGACUCUAAAUAGCAUUGACACCUCAGCAACCCUUUGAAUUUAGGGUAGAGAUUCUUGCUCCCUUUUUGUCAUAGAUUAGAUUGAGAACUAGGGUUAACCUUGACUAUACUUAGAGAAUCUUUCUGCCUUUUCUCCCAUAUCUAUGCAAGGAUUUCUUAAUUAAGAUGGUUUAGUUGUUUCAUUUGCAUAAUAUUAAGAGAGAAUGGAAAAGAUAAAGCUGAGAACCUUGAGAGAUUCUUCAUCUUGGCUGCUCAUCAGAAUCAAAUGGGAGUUUUAAAAAAUCUAUAUGCCUGUGUAUUACUACCCUGAGUGAAUGGUAUAGAGAGUAGGGGUGGAGCCUGAUAUGAGGGUCCCAAUUCAUCCAUCUGGUAUCCAUUGGAAGGGAGAGGAGAAAAUUGAUAGUGUUGCAAAAGCAUAGAUUAUUCUUCGUCGAGAUAAAUGAUUUGGUUUUCCAGUAUUAUAAAACUUACAAUUUUCUCAAGCUGGCAUCUCUGACCAAAUUCCAUAUAUAACAUUGGAAGGAGAGCUCAAAAGACCCUUCCCCCAAGAUGUUAAAGAAUCUCAAGUUAUCAAAGCCAAAUGUAAUGUGAUUUUAGGAAGGGAAAUGAGUUUAUCUCUUUUUUUUAAAGAGCAUUUCUCUAAGUGCAUCUCUGGCUUUAGAGUAUGUUUCACAGAACCAUAACUUUGCCAUUUUGCAAGCAAGAACCUCUUAGAAGUCCUCAGAACUAGAAGCAGUGGGAAUUCUCAGCCCUGGUCCUGGAGGGUUUACUGACUGACUGGGCAAGCCAUUCUCUCUGCUGCCAAUAUUCCCCAUCAUAAAAUUUGGAAGAUAGCCAAGUGUUUUGAGAUUCUUGGGUGGAAGAGGGUUACAUUCUGCCCACCCACCUUAAUCUUUGGGGAAAGCAGCAGUGUUUCUCCAACACUCAUUCUGUUCAGUAACUCCCACUUUUGCCUGAAAUAAUAGCAUCUGUUCCUACUUCUCUGUCUGGAGAAUUUUUUCCACUAUCUAGGUUAGCAAACCACAUGCUUAGCCUAAUGAUUAGAAAAUACACUCAUCAUUACCUUGAAAACCUAAUAAAUAACAAAUUUUAUUUUGUUUUUCCCUGUUGCCCCUUCCUAAAAAAUGAGUUCAGGACAGCAGUACUUUUUAUAUGCUUGGUUGCGACUUCUUUUCUUUCUUUUUUUUUUUUUUUUAAAUAAAAAACAGUUGAAGCUCAUGUUUGGAAAAGCUAUGUUGAGGAGGCCUAUAGUCUCCUGGGUCUUGGCCUCUGGUAGUCCAUCUUUUCAUACUCCAAAUUAGCUGAUUUUGCUCUUUUGUACUCCAAGUUGAGAGCUCAGAUGGUUUUGAUGCGGAAUCAGCUUCAGAAUCAAAGGGCCCUGGAGAGACCCUGAGGGGGUUCCGUAUAUACAGAUUCCUGCAUGUGUCCAGAGCCCUCUGCCGUGGUACACCUUCCUUGGGACUAUGACUUGGCUGAGGAUUUGUUCAAACUCUGCCCUUUCGCCUGAAGCUCAAGGAGAACGGUAACUGACAUGUAGGACUAGAGCUGACCUCUGUACCAGGCUGGGAGGCUGUAGCCCUUUUAGACACUGCUUAUUGUAAGUGGCUAAAACACAGAUGUGAGUUCUGUGGUCAGCUGCAUACUGGGUGAUGUUUACCUUUUCAUUUUGAUAACCCCAUAGUCUAAAUUCUUGGUCCCUGAGGCCAAGUCCUCAGCUUGCCUUCCAGUCACUUCCCUGCCCUUUCACUGGUGUUUGAUGUGUUAGCUGGUAGAUUUGGGAUCAGUCACCAGUCUUUCUGUCCUAUCUUGGCUAAGUUCAUAUAGGAGCAGCUUAGCCCUGAGACCCAGAGAACUGCUAUCCUUUUUCUCCUUGUGGGAGAAAUAAAAACGGGGGAACACAAUGUCCUUCCACAG